UUCCUGGAAUGCAGCCAAUCACGUCGUUGGUGUGAGGGCACACUGUGAUUGGCAGCCGCGGAGACCAACGAGCCGCGCAGUCCGGGAUGCUCGCGAGAGGCUGCUAAGCUUUGCACGCUGCUGUGUGGUGUCAGAGCCGGGCUGCAUGGAAGACAUGCCGGGGGAACAGCAGCAGUCGGAGCCCGUCCAUCGGCAGAUCCGCUUCGCUGAUGGCAGCGGGAGCAGCAAUGAGACUGACAAGGAGAGUGAGGAGAGCCCCGAGCUGGAGGAAGAUCACCUGCAGCAGGUGGGACCUCAACUCAAACUUCUCCCUAUGAAUGACCAGAUCCGGGAGCUGCAGACUAUCAUCCGGGACAGGACCACAAGCAGAGGAGAUUUUGUAUUUUCUGCAGAUCGGUUGAUUCGGUUGGUGGUUGAGGAGGGUCUGAACCAACUACCAUAUACAGAAUGCACCGUCACUACUCCAACAGGGUACAAAUAUGAGGGAGUGAAAUUUGAAAAAGGAAACUGUGGUGUGAGCAUUAUGAGGAGUGGUGAAGCCAUGGAACAGGGUCUGCGUGACUGCUGCCGCUCCAUUCGCAUUGGAAAAAUUUUAAUCCAGAGUGAUGAAGAAACACAACGUGCCAAAGUCUAUUAUGCAAAGUUCCCACCAGAUAUUUACAGGAGGAAGGUUUUGCUAAUGUACCCUAUACUAAGUACUGGCAAUACUGUUAUUGAAGCAGUUAAAGUUUUGAUUGAACAUGGAGUCCAACCUAGCUGUAUUAUACUUCUCAGUCUCUUCUCCACCCCACAUGGUGCAAUGUCCAUCAUUCAAGAAUUCCCUGAUAUAACAAUUUUAACCACCGAAGUCCACCCAGUGGCCCCUACACACUUUGGACAAAAGUAUUUUGGGACAGACUGACCUUGUUUUUAUUGUAAUCCUGCCUCUUCAGAGGCUGCUUAUGACCCAGUGUUUGUCUCAGUGCCCUGAAUAAUGUGCACUGCUGCCUAAAACUUGCACAAGACACUGAAUUAUGCAGUCUUUUUACUGUAUAUGUUUUUCUAGCUUUUUAUGAAAUAUUUACUGCCUAGCCACCAGAAACUGAAUGGUAUUCCUUGACUUUCUUUGCUUACACACCCCACCAAGGGUCCACAUUCCAUUCAAAUGCAGCUUGUAUGGGUGUGCUGAGGCGUUCCAGGGCAUCGGUUAUUUAUUUAUUUGUAUGACUAUUAUAGCUACUUGGUAAUAUUAAAAAAAAAAAAAAUGGCAA